UGACCAGCUGGACAAGUCCUGGCACUCCUCCCCGACUUCCUGUUGAGAUCUUAUCUUCCAGUUCUAGCCCCAGCCUCCCCAACCCCUGGACUCUCUCUUUGCCCUGUGCCCCACUUCUAUAAUGGGACACUCCCUGAUAUUAGCCUCCAGAACUGCACACACAUGUUGGAGACUUCUUUGGAGAAGGCUCUGACCACUAUGGUCACCACUUUCCAUAAAUAUUCGGGGAGAGAGGGCAGCAAACUGACUCUGAGUAGGAAGGAGCUGAAGGAGCUGAUCAAGAAAGACCUGUGUCUUGGUGAGAAGAUGAAGGAGAGCAGCAUCGAUGACCUGAUGAAGAGCCUGGACAAGCACAGCGACCAGGAGAUGGACUUCAAGCAGUAUUCGGAGACUUCCCUGGAGUACUCGGUGUUCCUGACCACGCUGUGCGUGGCCUACAACGACUUCUUCCUGGCGGACAACCAAUGACUGGGCCCUGGCUCCUGGCCCCUGCAGCUCCUCUCACAGACCCUCCGUGGCCCCUUGCCUUCCCCUCCCUCCCAGAUGGACCCUGCUUCAGCCUUCCCUUCCAGCAGAGGAAAUAAAGAUUUUUGAU